AUGAGUUUCAGUAUUGAGCAAGAAUAUUACGUCCCUCCAGAGGUUUUGUUCAAUGCCUUCACAGAUUCUUACACUUUGACGAGACUUUCCAGGGGUUCUCCUGCUGAAACGGAACCCAAAGUUGGAGGAAAAUUCUCUUUAUUUGAUGGGAGCAUUUAUGGAGAAUUUGUUCAGAUUGAAAAACCCCAAAAAAUAGUUCAAAAGUGGAAAUUUCGCGACUGGUGCGAUGAGGAUUAUAGCAAAGUAACACUAGAAUUCAUGAGUAUCAAAGAAAAUCACACUUUGCUUAAAGUGACACAGGAAAAUAUUCCCAUCACAAAUAAGUAUAACGAAGGGGGAGUACUAGAACGAUGCAGAAAUGGAUGGACAGAGAAUUUCCUACACAAUAUAGAAGUGAUAUUAGGUUAUCCUAAGAAAAAGUAG